AUGAAAUAUGUAGGAUGCAAAGAUAUUUGUGACAUAUACUCUCCAUUAUAUUAUAAUGGAUUCUGUUAAAGUUAUCCAGGUAAAUAUUUUGAUUUUUAAAUUUAUUAGUUUAAACAAUAGCAUCAAAUUACAUUUUAUCAAAACCUUUCCAUUCUGAAAAUCUCAAGUGGUCUAUAAUAUAUGACCCACUUCAUAUAGAUGUAUCUCCAAAAGUUAAUUAUGAAUACUAUUAUUUUUAUGGGAUAUUCAGGUUUAAUUCUGGUAUUUAUAGGUUUUUUUAUCAAUUAUCUACUUAUUCUUAUUCAACUUAUUUAAUUGGGUUCAAAAUUACAAUUGCUCUUUUUGGUGAUAUUCCAUUAAAUUGUGGAAUAUAAUUCAAGAUUAAUAAUACUUAUUAGGCUUCCAUUUAUAGAAAUGAUUAAGGAAUUCAAACGCAUAGGUUAAAAAUCUAUAAAGUUACUACAUAUGAGGAUUCAAAUUAUACUUCAAACUAGAAAUAUGAUUUAAUUACUUAUUUGGACAUUCCUAAAUCACCAUUUUUAUUUUCUGCUGUUGGAAAUUAUACGUAAAUACUAAUUUUAAUAAAAUUAGUGAUGAUACGGCAGGAUGGGGAAUGGUUUCAAUUGAAUUUACUUCAGGGUAUUGUUGUAAAUAUUGUAAAUUAUGUGAAGUACCAUUUAAAUGUAUUUCUUGUAUAAAUGGAUUCUACUUAUAUAGGGAUGGUACAUGUAUUAAUGGUUGUUCUUAGCCAUAUCAGAAAUUAAAUGGAAGUUAUUGUUAUGAUUAUGAUGAUGAAACACCUUGUAUUCAUAUAUUUAUAUAUUUAGAUUCUAAAUAUUUGAUUUAAGAAUAUAUAAAUUCAGCAACUGAUCCUGGAUAAUAUUCAUAAUAUACAAUCAUUUCUCAAACAGGAUUAAACUUUUUAAAAGGAUUAGAUAUAUAUUAUUCAUAUUGGUAAGGAUAUAGAGUUUUUGGAGGACCUUUUGUCUGGGCUUAGGCUCAAUUUUAAAGAAUUCAUAAUAUAAUUGAUCCACACCAUAGUAUCACUAUUGCAUUUUACAUCCUUUAUGGACCAUAAUUCCCAAGUGAUGGAAUAUUUAAAUAUACAAUUGAAAAUAAUUCACAAGUCUCUAAAUCAACUGCUAGUGUUUUUUUAUCUUAUGCUGAUGGGACAAAAAUUGAUAAAGUUUAUGAGAAAAUAAUUCAUAAUUCAAAUACAUUAACAAUUACUUGGGAAUGUUUUGGUUAAAAUAACGAGCCAAUUUAUGCUUAUUGUGGAUUUUUUAAUUAUUAUAUUGCUGUUCAUUAUUGUUAACCUUAUUGUUUAAAAUGUUCAGAUUAAAAUACAUGUGAAAUAUGGAACAGCACAUAUGAUUCAACUAUCGUAAAAUUUUCUUAAGAUGAAUGUUUAAGUUAUCAAUAUUUUGAUAAAGAUACUUUUAGAUGUUUAUAGUGUCCUUUAACUUGUUUAACAUGUACAUCUAAAAUAGAUUGUUAAUUAUGUUAACCAACUUAUACUUAAACUAAAUAAGGAUGCGUUUGUUUAUUGGAUCAGUAUGAAAAUUUAAAUCAAUGUUUAAAUUGUCCAAAUGAAUGUAAUUAAUGUUUAAGUUCUACCUAUUGCGUUGAAUGUUUAAUAUAGAAUAAUAGAUAAUUGAAAAAUGGAGAAUGUAAAUGUAGAGAUGGAUAUUAUCCAAUAGAAGAAGAUCCUUAAUGUUAAUUAUGCCACCAAUAUUGUAAGACAUGUUUUGGACCUACAUCAAGUGAUUGUUUAACUUGUUCUGCUAUUGCUAGAAUUGAAUAAAUAGAAUCAACAUGCAAAUGCCCAACAAAGACUUAUUAUUCAGAUGCAUUAUAAAAAUGUUCUGAUUGUUAUUAUUCAUGUUAAACUUGUUUUAGUUCUACUAUUGAUGGUUGCUUAUCUUGUGAUCCUUCCUAAAAUAGAAUAUUAAAAGGAUUGAUUUGCGAAUGUGCAUCUGGAUAUUAUGAUGUUUUGAAUAUUUGCACAGGUAUUAAUUUAUAUAUAAUUUAGAAUGUCCAACAGCUUUAGAUACAAAUUAAAAUUAAUGUUAUAAAUAGUGUAAUAAUAAUUAAAUAUGGCAUACUAUUACUUGUGAUACUUGUGCUUCUGGAUUUGAAUUAAAAGUUGGAUAAUGUUACCCUAUAUGUGGAGAUUUAUAAAUAACAGGAUAUGAAUAAUGUGACGAUAAUAAUACUAAUUUAUGUUUUAACUGCUAAUUUAAAUGUCCUAUUCAUUGUUAAACUUGUGAUUCAACAACUACUUUACCUUGUCCAGAUUAUUGUGGAGAUGGAAUUAUUUCAGGAAAUGAAGAGUGUGAAGAUGGAAAUAAUAUUUAAUAUGAUGGAUGCUUUGAUUGUAAAUUUUAAUGCUAACUUGAAUGUACUAAAUGUAUUAAAGGAGAGUGUUUUGAAUGUGCAACUAAUGGAUGGUAUAUAGAUCCAACAGUCUCUCCUUGGAUUUGCAAAGAAAGAUGUGGAGAUUUAAUUAUAAUUGGAAAUGAACAAUGUGAUGAUGCGAAUUCAAAUGAUACUGAUGGUUGCAAAGAUUGUAAAUAUUUUUGUAGAAUUGGUUGUUCUUCUUGUGAUUACAACACAAAUACUUGCUUAAGUUGUGAAUUCCCAGGGUUUGUCCCUUAUUCAUAUUAUUGUAAAAAUGAUUGUGGAGAUGGCUUAGUUGUUAAUCAUUAUGGAUUUUUUGAAGAAUAAUGCGAUGAUGGAAAUACUAUAAAUUAUGAUGGUUGUAGUAGUUCAUGUUAAUUUUAAUGUUAACCAACUACAAUAUGCAUUAAUUGUAUUGAUAAUAGAUGUGUAAAAUGUGAUUUUGGAUACUUUCUUACAAGUGAUUAAAUAUGUAAGCAAAUUAGUUAAUCUUCAUGCCUUAUUAGCAGUACUAUUAGAUUUGGUUGUGAUACUUGUAAACAUGGUUAUAGAAAAGUCGAUUAAUAAUGUUAUUCUAUCUGUGGUGAUAAAUAUGUAACAGAUGAUGAAUAAUGUGAUGAUGGUAAUCUAGUUUAUGGAGAUGGUUGCCACUUUUGCUAAUUUUCUUGUUAGGAUUCAUGUCUUAAUUGUAUUAAAGGAACCUGUUAUGAUUGUUAAGACAAUUAUGAAUUAAUAUAAUCUUAAUGCUAUCCUAAAUGUGGAGAUGGAAUUAUCGUUCCAUUUUUAAAUGAAGAAUGCAAUAUUCAAAAUCAAUUGUGUAUUAAUUGUUAAUUUAAUUGUUAUCCUUACUGUCUUAAAUGUGAUUUACAAUGUCUUAGAUGUGAAAAUGGAUUUAAGGUUGAUUUCAACUAUUCUAAUUAAUGUAUUCCUAUUUGUGGUGAUGGAAUUGUUAUUGAUGAUUUUGAAGAUUGUGAUGAUCAAAAUGAUGAACCAUUUGAUGGAUGUUUUGAAUGUAAAUUUUAAUGUCAAUAAAAUUGCCAAGAAUGUUUGGAUGGCAUUUGUUUACAAGAAUAUUGUCCAUCUGGAACUAUUUGGAUAAAUAAUUCUUGUUUAAAGUUAUGCAUUGAUAAUUGCAAUAUUUGUGAAGAAGAAUAAUGCAUAUCUUGCAUUUCAAAUUACUAAUUAAUUGACAAUUAAUGUAUUUUACAAAAUUAUACCGAAAAUAAUCAAAUGAAUGAGGGAAAGAACAGAAUAUAAAUUUAUGAUAAUUAAUUGUGUCGAUAAUCUGAAUGUGUUUUAUCGAAGAGUCCUCAAAUGAGUCUACUUUAUUUAAAUUAAACAUUUUCUAUGCAAUAUGUUUAAAUUAAUUUUGAUUAAUAAAUUAGUUUAUUAAACCCUUAAGAAAAGUCAGAGUAAAUGUUUAAAAUAAGCAUUCUUCAUUUAAAUGAAAAGCACUAUGUUUUAACACUUUACCCAAUUUAAGAUUUAACACUGGAUUUAUAAUUUGUUUAGUAUGAAAUAGCUAUAGAGUUUUUGAUAUCACUAGAAACAUAACCUAUUUUAUAAGUUUAACUUAAUCAUCAAGCAAUUAAUUCAAAUUAUCAAUAAAUUCAUGAUUAUAAUUAAUCGAUCUAAUUGUUAAACCCAAAGUUCAUUUCUGAAUAAUUUAAAUAGUCUUCAGUUAAAAUGUAAAAAUCUAACAAAGGAUUGAUGAUAGGAGCAAUUUCUAUAAGUGUGAUUUGUUUAUUGUCUGGAGAAGGAUCCAUAUUUGUUGAAACUCUUAACUUUUUGUAGUAUCAAUCAUUUUUACGAUUUAUAAAUGUUGAUUAUCCAGAAAAUCUCUAUAUCUAUUAUAAGGCAUAAGAAUUAUUAACAAUAGAGCAAUAUAUUGAAUUUCUUGACAUUCAGGAAUAUUUAAAAUAUAUUACAUUUUAAGAAAAAUCAAUUUAACCAAAUGGAAAAUUUUAAUUAUAUAAUUUAGACGCAGAUUUUGUCUCAUAAAUAUUACCUUAAAUUUUUUAAUCAUUAACUUUUAUAAUUUUGCUUUUAAUGAGCAAAAAGCUUUAUUUAUUGUUUUAAAAAUCUCUAGUUCUAAUACUAAAUACAUUCCCAUAAUUUUUUGAAAACAAAUAAUCAAAAUUUGCCUAAAUAAUUUUAAAUUAAAUUCAUAGAAUAAAUAAAAAAUUAAAAUUUUGUAUCCACUGGUUUUUCUCGCUCUCACUAAAUACUAUAAGAACCUUUUUCUAUUUUAAUUCAUGGGAUGUUUUGUUUAAAGCAAUUUUAUUUCUCAAAAAUUUUCGAAAUAGAGACAUUAGAGCUUUAAUAUCAAUUAUAUUAUCAGGAUUGGUUUCAGGUUCUUAUAUUUAUUUCACACUCUACACAUUUUAUUAGUAUAUUCCUAAAAAGUAAAAUAAUGAUAAAUUCAAAUAAUAACUUAAGCUUAUGGCCUUUGAACUUUGUAGAACAAUAUAAUUCCAUAUUUUUAUAAUAGUAUUUUAGGACGAGCCAAUUUUAUAGUGUGUAUUCUUAUCAAUGAAUAACAUUUUAUAAUGUAUCAUUAUUUAUAAAUAUAAAUGCUGCCAUAAACUUGAAAAAAUAAUCUUAAUAGUAAAUGAAGGAUUAUUAUCAAUAUAUACAUUUACUUAGUUGCUAUAUUUAAAGAUUGCAUAUUUUGAUCUUUCUUAGAAAAGCAUUUUAUUUAUUGGAUUUUUUCAUAUGUGUAUUUUACUUUUUACUUUAGGAGUUUGUUUGAUUAAGGAAUUUUUGCCAUUUUUUGUUAAUUUAAUAAAAUUUAUCUUGAAAAAAUGA